AUGGCGCAAGCGAUCCCUGCGACAACACUCGCCGACGCUAGUCUUGCUUCGGACGAGCAACGUGCCCAAGAGCUCGAUAAAUACUACGCACCAAACCACAAAUCAGCGCUGCGAUUGACGGAACGAGACUCGGCUCUACCAGCUUUCAUGCAACUUCUAUGCUGGCGCCUAGGCAUGCGACGGGCAUUGGUGGGCCUCAUUGACCGCGACACUCAAUACUACGUUGCCGAGUCUACAAGAACCAUGGAUCUUCACAACUCUGACGACUACGUUGAUAAGGAUGAUGGUCCANACGAGAGUCAUCCCAAGACAGGCAUCCUAUGCGCUGAAACCAUUCGGGCUGUGACUGAGUCUGACGAAGAACCUCCUUAUUUCGAAGUUUGCGACCUGGCUGCGGAUUCUCGGUUUUCUCGGCUCAAUAUUGUCGAGGAUCUCAAGCUUGCUUACUACUGUGGAGUUCCCAUAAAGACAAAUAACAAGAUAGUGAUCGGCACUGUCUUUGUUCUGGAUGACAAAGUUCGGGAACCUCUUUCCUUGCAGCAUAUACAUUUCCUCACGUCAAUCGCUGACAACGUUAUGGUCCACCUGGAGAAUCGCAAACAACGGAUGGAUGUUGACAGGAUCAUGAAGAUGAACAAGUCUCUUGCCUCAUUCAUGGAUUCGCACCAAGACGAGAGAACUCAAACCACACCAGACAAUGACAAGCAGGACUCUCCAGGACUUGACGAGCUAGACGAUCCACGCAGUGGCACGGACAAGUCUUCGGAAGACGAGCUUCCCNUAGGUAACAGUGGAAGGGAGUACAAUCAGGUCUUCAGCCGUGCCUCUAUCCUGCUAAAACAAUCCUUGGCCUUACAAAGUCUUGGCGGUGGUGUUAUUUUUCUGGAUACGGCACCAAAGUCUUCGGGAAGAAGCAGCUCAGCCCAUCGCCCCCAUCGGCGUCAGAGUGGUCCGAAGCGAGACACUUCCAGACUCGUCGCUGGUACAACUCAGCUGUCACGCACCCCCUCAGACGAAGACGGAAAUGCGGACAACAAUUGUGGAGUUUUUGCUGCCAUACUCGCUUGCAGCGUUUGUGUUGCAUCCUUCGGUCAACCCGACCAGGCAUGCCAGUUGGAUCAGAAAACACCUGCAAACAUACCUGUCAAAACUCUCUCGAAGUUCAUCAAGAAGGUUCCCGCGGGACAGAUCUACCACUUCCCAGAGUUGCGUGAUCCUCAAACCGGUGAGAUGGUGAGAACGAAGUGUGGAAACCCGCAGCAUCACGGUAACAUAGAGGAGACCGACGUGAGGUCUCUUUUCUCACACCUUCCCGGAGCCGUUGAGAUCAUCUUGGUACCGCUUUGGAACACUCACCUUGGCAGGUGGUCUGUUUGCCUCGUUUAUACACUGUCAAGCGAACGGAACUUCACCCUCGAGAUCGACUAUUUCUUCUGCCGAGCGUUCUGCAACUGUGUCAAGGCUGAGAUUGACCGAGCUGCUGUUGUGAUAUCCGAUCAACAGAAAGGUGACUUCAUCGGGUCGGUCAGUCACGAACUAAGAUCACCACUCCAUGGUAUUUUGGCCUCUUGCGAGCUCAUUCAAGAAACUGAGAUGACGCCUUUUCAAAUAUCGCUUAUUGACACAACAGAAAGUUGCGCACACACACUUCUCGACACUAUUCAGAUGGUCCUUGAUUUCAGCAAGGUGAACGCGUUCACGAACGACCAGCCUGGCGAGAAGUUGAACGUCAGACCUCAUGUUGUCAAAGGAGGAAUCGAACCACUACUCAGCACAUAUUCUCAUGUAAAUCUGGCUGCCAUUGCAGAAGAAGUCAUUGAGGGUGUUACGACGGGCUUCCUUGCCAAAAGCGAUCCAAGUAUGGAGUUAGGGUUCGCCGGAGAAAGAGCAAAACGUGAUGCCCAAACAUUCGAGGAUUUGAUUGCCAUGCCUCAAUCUCCUGUGGAAGUCAUUCUCGACGUCAGUCCACCACAAGACUGGACUUUCAUCACGCAACCUGGAUCUUACCGGCGUAUCAUAAUGAAUAUCUUUGGUAACAGUCUGAUGCAGGAACACGGUUACAUCAAGGUUUCUCUCAAAUGCGAAGAGAUGAGCACAAAAGAAUCAGAUCCUUUGAUGGCCAUGGUUGAGCUGAAGGUUGAGGAUACAGGCAGAGGGAUAUCUCAAGCUUAUAUGGACACCAAGAUGUUCACGUCUUUCGCUCAAGAGAACCCUUUGGCUCCUGGAACUGGCCUAGGACUUUCGCUGGUCAGAUCUCUCAUUCAGAUGAUGAAUGGAGAGGUUACAGUUCAAUCCGAAGUCAACCACGGUACACAAGUUACAGUGAGAAUCCCGAUGAGACGUGCCAGCUCACACAAUCACCAUGAUGGAUUUCACAGACCAAACGAAGACGACAUUCAGAUCCUGCGUACGAUCUUUCCUCGGCCUCAAAUUAUGAAUUUCCAGCAAGACAUACUGCCCAAUGACACGCCUCAGAAACGUGAAGGUUAUCAGAUGCAGAAACACGCACUGGCUGCUUGCAUCAACGGCUGGUACAAAGUCGAAGCUCUUUAUGACUGGGACCUGAAGAUCAGACCAGAUAUCAUUCUUGUGGACGAUGUUCAUCUCCUAGGCAUCAAGGAACAUUUGAAACUUUUGGAAGACUUCAAUGCUGUUGUUGUUGUCCUCUGUUCAGACCGAUCCAGAACAGCAGCGAUCUCGAGAAACGUCAAAUACCCCAAACUGCAUGUUAUGCCAAAGCCAUUCGGACCUUUUAAGCUCGCGAAAGCACUCAAGCAUGCCCUGGACAAGCGAGGUCCUGUUGGAGGAACAACAUCCGUUACACCUAUGUCCAAGGAGAUCGGACCUGUUCCUGAGCUCAAGCAGCUGAGCCCAACUCUAAGACGAAUUCCUUCCGGAUCACAGGAUUUAUCGAAAAGAGCGCGGAAGCCAUCAUUGAAAGGAAGCUUUCCCUUCCCGUCAAUGGUCGUCACACCAGCUCCCAAGUCACCUACACCGUCGAUACCAGGAAUCACGCCUCAGAUUGAGGUACCAGGAACCUACAAUAAGCGGCUGAAGAUUUUGGACGUACCAUUGUCAGAACAACAACCUCUCGAGAAGCACGAUGCACUCGUACGCAGCCACAGUGAAGGUCAUCUGGAGCAUAUACAAUUCAAACGCGUCAAGCCCAAGAUAUUGCUUGUCGAUGACAACGAGGUUAACCUCAAGCUCUUGCAAACAUUCUUUGUUCGCCGCGGCUUCACGGACAUGAGGCUGGCUCGAGACGGUAAGGAAUCAGUGAAGCUCUAUGAGGAUGCAUUGCAGCAGCACAAUCCUUUCCACCUGGUAUUCAUGGACAUCAGUAUGCCGGUAUGUUUUGACGCCUCAACUCGUUUGACAAGCUUGAUUACUAAGCUCGAGACUAGGNUCAUGGAUGGUUUCGAGGCCACGAAACUCAUACGUCAGAGGGAAAUUUCGACAUCAGCAAACUCUGCCGAACCAUACCACAGUCUGAUCAUUGCUCUGACAGGCAAUGCUAGCGCAGAAGACCAGACUGACGCUUUCACGAAUGGUAUGGAUAUGUACAUGACGAAACCCGUUUCACUCAAGGAUGUUGGGGAAUUGAUGAAGGCUUGGGAGGAUAAGGCAGCAAUUUUUGGAGUGGCAGGUGCAAGAGCUGCGCUUCUUGAAGGCAAUGCAAGUGCUGAUGAAGCCUGA